AUCUUGUAGUUGUGUCUAACUUGGGAGACAAAAAUACUAAAUUUAUUUUCUCACACAAAAUCAGAAGAAAGAGAUCGUUGGAGUUUCCGCCAUCUCUCACAAUUUUCAAACCAAACAAACCAAUAAUAAAUUAAAUCCCCAAAAAAGCUCUCCUCGUUCUUGUCGUCCAUUACACCCUUUAGCUCUCCUUCUCCAUCUCCUUCACCACAUUUGCCUCCAUUUCCUCUCUAUUCUCUUACAUUUCGAUCAACAAUGGUGGCCACCAUAACUCUCUCCAACUCUAUUCUCCUUCGAACUCCCACUACUUCUCCCACAUCUCUUGUCUCACCUCGCCUAAGCGCUUUCUCCUUUUCUUCUCGACUCUCUCUGCUCAAUUCUGGAUCUCAAUCUGUGUUCACCCAUUUGAAGAAUAAGACUAAGAAUGAUAGUUCUUUAAGUCAUUUCAGUGUGUAUUGUUCAUCUUCUGAGGCUGCAAAACAAUCGACUGAAGAGACUCCUAUUGAAUUGAGAUAUGAAGCAUUUCCCACAGUUAUGGACAUAAAUCAGAUUCGUGAAAUUUUGCCUCACAGGUUUCCAUUUCUAUUAGUCGAUAGAGUGAUCGAAUACAAUCCUGGAGUUUCAGCUGUUGCAAUCAAGAAUGUAACAAUAAACGACAACUUUUUUCCCGGGCAUUUUCCUGAGAGGCCUAUAAUGCCUGGUGUUCUCAUGGUUGAGGCAAUGGCUCAGGUUGGUGGUUUGGUGAUGCUGCAACCAGAAGUGGGAGGUUCUCGGGAGAACUUCUUUUUUGCUGGAAUCGACAAAGUUAGAUUCCGGAAACCAGUGAUUGCUGGUGACACUUUAGUUAUGAGAAUGACACUCACAAAGCUGCAGAAACGCUUUGGAAUAGCGAAAAUGGAGGGGAAAGCAUAUGUUGGAGGUGAGGUUGUAUGUGAGGGUGAGUUUUUGAUGGCCAUGGGGUAGUUAAUGACUUCAAACUUUUGUUGUCAAUUCACCGUUGCUACUACUUCAUAUCCAUUUUAUUUUUCCACCAAAUGUCAACCCUCUAGUGAUCUUUCGGGCUUGUUUACCAUUCGAUUUGAGCGUUAGUAAGAGUAUUAAUAAGGACAGUAUUCUUUUAAGAAUUUUGUUCAUUGAAAAGCUAGUUGAUGUUAUUUUAUGCAAUCAAGAAUUUCAUUGCUCAGUUACA